AUGUCAGGUUUGAGUGCCCCUCUACACCAGUUCCAGUUGCCAGCUUUAACCCUUUUUACACUCUCCCUGUCUGCACCCACACUCCCCUAAAUCUAAUAUGAGUGCUCCUUCAUUCCACCCCUCUUACUCCUUCCCUUACAGACCCAAUUCUUUCUUUGUCUCUCCUUCCCUCUCUCCCCUCUCUCUCUUCUCUCCUCUUUGCAGUCUGUCUCUCUUCUCUCUCUCUCUACUUCUCUCUGUUUAUUCCCUGCUUCAGUGUGUCUGUGUGUCUGCAGGUGUCACUCCUCACCUCUCACUCACAGACAUAUUUAGAAUGGGGACCAGGAUAUAGGAUGGCCAAUUAGUGGCUCUAAUUGGUAGGACACCCUUCACAGUGUGACCCCCCCCCCCCCCCCCCCAUACAGGUCCUACCUUCAACCCCACUCCCAUUAUAAGUUAUUAAACCCACCACACACACUCAACCCUAAGACCCCCUAGUGUGAUUUUACUCUGUGGGAGACAGACUCCCCUCCCUCCCUCCCUCUGCGCUUGUUGUGCUCACUCCAGAAUCCCCAGGAAACCAUGGCAACCCCUGACUUCCCUCCUGGGAGCCAUGGCAACCCCACUCCUCUUCCAGCUGCACUGGGAAUACUGGCCUGGCGGAGAGUAGAAUCAAACUUCCCCCAGAGCUCCCAGUCUCCCCACUGAACUCAGCCCGCUUCCCAGUGCCCCAGCGUUGGGGAGACCUCUGUCCUAUUCCCCCUUGCCCUGGAGGUAAGGGAGCCAACUUGGGGCGACGGGGUGGCGAAGGGGCAGUGGAGAGAGAGAGUGGUGCUGUAGGCCAUAUCAGAGACCCCCAGACGCUCCUUUUGGAGCCAUACUGGGAUUCCUUAAUGAAAAGAGGCUCCAUCGGGUCUGUGCUUGGUCAGCCUGCCCCUGGGUUGUGGUGGCACUGGGAGAUCCACAUCCUCCUAUUGGGCACCAUGGACUCAUUAUGGGAUGGUAAAUUGGGUUUGGCCCUGGAACCUCAAGGCAGAGGGCCAGAGAGAGACGGUUAACUGAAACCUUGGUGAGAGAGAUUGAAAGGGAGAGCGAGAGAGCGGGGAAAAUGAAGAGUGAUUUUGAGAGUGGGGUGGGAUGAGGUGGCUUGGAGGAGGAUGGGGGAUGAUGGAGGAUGCAAUCUGUUUGUCUGCUGUGUGAACAUGCAUCUGUUCUGUGUGUGGAUGUUCAAUGUUGGUAUUGAUUUUGUUGUUUACACGUGUGUGUGUGUGCGUUCGUGCGUGUUAGAGUGAGAGAUGCUGCAUCUGUAGUGCUUCAGGGAUAACACUGAUAGAUAAAUAAUGGCUAUUUCUCAGAAAGUUUCAAACUGUCAAGAGGAGUGAAACAAGGUUGUCCACUAUCGGCAUAUCUAUUUAUUGUGGCCAUCGAGAUGUUAGCUAUUAAAAUCAGAUCCAAUAAUAAUAUCAGAGGAUUAGAAAUACAGGGCUUAAAAACAAAGGUGUCAUUGUACGCAGAUGAUUCAUGUUUUCUUUUAGAUCCACAACUAGAAUCCCUCCACAGCCUCAUAGAGGAUCUAGAUACAUUUUCUAACCUCUCUGGAUUAAAACCAAAUUAUGACAAAUGUACUAUAUUACGUAUUGGAUCACUAUCACUAAAAAAUACAAUUUUUACAUUACCAUGUAGUUUACCAAUAAAAUGGUCUGAUGGUGAUGUGGAUAUACUCGGAAUACAUAUCCCAAAGGAAAUAAAUGAUCUCACUUCAAUAAAUUUUAAUAGAAAGUUAGCAAAAAUAGAUAAGAUCUUACUACCAUGGAAAGGAAAAUACCUGUAAAUUUGUGGGAAAAUCACCCUGAUUAAUUCUUUAGUAUUAUCCCAGUUUACCUAUUUGCUUAUGGUCUUGCCCACGCCUAGCAAACAGUUUUUUAAAUUAUAUGAGAAAAAAAUAUUCAAUUUUAUUUGGAACGGCAAGCCAGACAAAAUUAAAAGAGCAUAUUUAUAUAAUGAAUAUGAAUUCGGAGGACAGAAAUUAUUAAAUAUUAAAGCAUUAGACCUAUCACUAAAAUCUUCAGUCAUCCAAAAGUUAUACUUAAAUCCGAACUGGUUCUCAAGCAAAUUAGUAAGAUUGUCUCACCCACUGUUCAAGAAAGGCCUUUUUCCCUUUAUUCAGAUUACAACCUCUCACUUUCAGUUAUUUGAAAAGGAAAUAAUCUCCCAAAUGUCACUAUUUCUAAAACAAGCCAUAGAAAGUUGGUUGCAAUUUCAAUUUAAUCCUCCAGAAACGACAGAACAAAUAAUGCAACAAAUAUUGUGGUUAAAUUCAAAUAUACUAAUUGACAAAAAACCUUUAUUUUUUGACAGAAUGUUUAAAAAAGGUAUAAUCUUCGUAAAUGAUAUCAUCGGUAGGACUGGUGGAGUUAUGUCGCACAUGCAGCUAACAAAAACAUAUGGAAAUGUCUGCUCUACCCAAAAUUACAACCAAAUAAUUGCAGCCUUACCGCAAAAGUGGAAGAGGAAAGUUGAAGGGGUAGAAAGUAAGGAACUUGUCUGUCGGCCUUGCAUUAAAGAACAUAAUUGGUUAAGGAAAACUGUGAUAAAUAAAAAAGUAUAUCAGUUUCACUUAAGGACCAAAGGAUUGACAGCAGUCCCAUAUAGAUUGCAAAAUAGUUGGGAAGAGAUCUUUGACGUACCGAUCCCAUGGCAUAGUGUUUAUGAACUGACACGCAAAACGACACCGGAUUCAAAAAUUAGAAUCUUUCAAUUUAAAUUAUUAUAUAAAAUUCUUGCUACCAAUAGAAUGUUAUAUAUAUGGGGGAUACAAUCUUCCCAGCUCUGCAGAUUUUGCUGUGAAGAGAUAGAAUCAUUAGAUCAUUUGUUUUGGUUCUGUCCAUUUGUAGCUUGUUUUUGGACACAGGUCCAGGAAUGGCUAAAGGAUUGCAAUAUUUACCUGGAACUAACCUUGCAGAUAGCAUUACUGGGUGAUCUGAAAAGUCAUAGUCAAUCAAUCAAUAAUAUAAUAAAACUUUUAGCAAAAAUGUUUAUUUUUAAUUCACAAUCUGUAGAAGCAAUGAGAAUAGAAAGGUUCAGAACUUUUGUAAAACAUCACAGUAUGGUUGAAAUAUAUAUGGCAAAUAGAAAUCCUAUAUGGAUGGUGUUAAGAGAUAGAUGGGAGGUAUUGAAUAGAGUUGAAGGAUGGGACUAAUAACAAAUAACAACAAAUAAUAACAAAGAUAGCUAAUAAUGUAAGCAUACUGUGUCCAUAAUAAGUAUAUAGGUUGUAUGUUGGGAGCUUUUGGGAAAGAGCACAGUUAGAAAGAUAUGGCAUUUAGAAGCAAACCGGAUGGACAUCAUGAAAAUGAUCGGAGAGGUUGAGAGUAGAAGAAGUUCAGGAGCAAAAAAAAUAAAUAUAUAUAUAUAUAUAUAUAUAUAUAUAUAUAUAUAUAUAGAUAUAGAAUUAUUGUAAAAUUAACUCUGUCCAUAAGGUGUAGAUAGUAAGUAUAGACCGGAAGUAGAGGCCUGGGCGUUGUUGUUCACUAAUUUACUCCAAGUAGGGAAAGGAUGGUGGGGUUGAAAAGUAAUAAAGGGGAAUAUAUAUAUAAAAAAUAAAAAAAACAUGGGGGAUUGGAAGUGAUGCAGACAAUUACAUUGAUAGAAGAUACAAUCUAUCUGCAAUAUUAAGCUGAUCCAUCCCCCCGAAAAAAAGAAAAAGAAAAAAAAAAAAAGAAAAAAAAAAACACUGAUAGAUAAGAUAGAUGGGUAAGAGUCUGUCAGUUUGUCUAAAAGACUGCAUGUUGCCUAAUAAGUCAAUCAAUGUGUAUUGAUCAACAGUGUAAUACGUUUAUAUCUGUCUGUCUGCCUGUUUGUCUACCUGUCUGUGUAUAUGUGUUUGUCUGUAGCAGGGUUUUUCAUUAGCCAGUAAUAGCCGGCUUUUGGCUGAAAAAAAAGAAAAAAAGAAAAGCCAAUAAAUAAAAUUGGGAGAAGAAGAAAAACUCCCAUUGCGAAAUAAUGCUUUUUAGCCUAUUCAGUGAUGGAAAUACAUUUGACUGGUCAUGCUUAUCCGUUUAUAGGUUAAUUUGCAUAAUUUAGUGGAAUUAAAUUGGCGCGUGUGUACACUAUAUUCGUUAGGUAUCUUAUUUAUCACAUGCGUACAGCAUACAGGUACAGAGCAUUUGAGCAGAAAAUCUGUCAGACAACACGAGAGCUGCUGCUACAGCCCCUCAAACAGCAAACAUAGGCAAUGGAAGGCCGGUUUCAUCAGCGCGUCACACACCACUUUGCAAUGAGCUGGAGGCAGUAUGUAUUUUGAAAAUAAGACCAUAUCCGUGGAGGCAAUUAGGCCUAUUUUAUAUCAACUUUCUUUCAUUGUCCAGUAGCCAAAGGCACAAUCCUAGUCAUAUUGGCAACCCAUGCUAGUUGCAUAUUAGAUCUCCCCUCUUUCAAAAUUUCUAACGGAUAUUUUCAUCUCUGUCACAUGAAACCACUCGCAUGUGCGGUGCCCUUUUGACCACGGUGUUUCCCCCCCCCUAACUACAUUAUGGAACAAACAUUUGUGCGUAGCCUCCUGCCUUGUGCGCAUUGCUUAUAAUGUGAAGAAAUAAUAGUUUAUCAACAUUUUAAGCUAACUGUUCUGAUCUGUUGCAUCAGACUCAUUGCUUUAGAAAAUGGUUUUUAUGUAGCCGAGGCCUACUGGUUGGAUUUGGGAUCUAUCGUCCCACAACUAUCCCAGAGUGUUUGGAACAGGCUAUUAAUUUCUUGACAAGCUGACCAAUAGAAUAGGUCAACUUUUCUACUAUGGGGGAUAGUAUAUUGAUAUAGGCUAGUGAUGUUGCUGUUUGUUACUAGUCUUGUUGGCUGAGGAAAAGUAAAUGUGGAGAGUUGUUCUAACAUCUUCAAAGUGUACAUCAGAAUUCGGUAAGAAGGACCGCACAUCGUUGCAUCCUCAACUUGCAUGUUCUGUUAAUUUGAAUUUCCAUAAUAUAAUUUUAUGUGAUUUCUGUCUUCAUGAGCAAUGUGGGUGGACGCCCUAAUCAGGUUCCUCAGCCAAUUCAUAUGGGUCUCAAAUGUCCGGUAAAUUAAAAUGCUGCUGGUCAAAUGUCCGGUGGCACAUUUUACUAACAGAAACCCUGGUCUGUCUGUUUGUAUGUGUGUGUCAGGCUGCUGCAGGGCAUGGGGCGGCCAGACGAGGUGCUGGCGUGCGUGGAGGUGGAAGUGGACCUGUUUGAGAGCUUCUUCCCCGUCCAGGUGACAGAGUGAGGCUGUGCCCUCUCCUUCCCCUUCAACAUCACCACUGAUCCAGAGGCCACAGGUACAGGUGCAUAGGCACCCCCAACAGGUCAGUGUGUUCCAUAAGUGCCAACUGCCAGCCAAAUAGCUAACUUCUAACCCUUAUGUGGCCGGCUACUAAAAUUACUUUAACAAAUUGAAUGUAGGUCCAUUAUCAUUUCUACAAAGUUUCGAUUUGGUUAUAGUCAUUUUAAAGUAUAUUGAGUUUGUUCCCGCCUCCCCCCCAAAAAAAGAAUGGGGCACAGAAUUCCCUGAGGGACACUAUAGUGAAUAGGUGCUGCGGACGAUACUGAACCACCCAUGCUCACUGAGAAAUGUCUGCCACAUACAGUAGAUAUGACUUGAAACAGUCGAGGGCAAUGCCUGAAAUUUCCACCCACCUCUCCAGUCGGUCAACAAGGAUAUUAUGAUCAAUAGUAUCAUACGUGGCACUGAGGUCCAAUAGAACUAGAGUAGAGCAUUCACCGGCGUCAGCACCCAACAGAAGAAGUCAUUACUGCUUUCAAUAAAGCAGUUUCCGUGCCGUGAAGUGAGCGGAAGCCCGACUGGAAUUUUUCAAAUAAAUUGUUCAAACUCAAAUAAUCCACCAAUUUCUUGAAAACAACUUUUUCUAAAAUAUUGGAUAAAAAAGGAAGUUUAGAGAGAGGUCUAUUAUUACUCAGUGAAGAGGGGUCUAGAUUGGGCUUUUUUUUUUUGUGUGUGUGAGGGUGUGUGUGUGAGGGUGUUUAUGUGGGUUUUGGUGGACGGGGGCUGUAAUUCAGCAAAUACUGAUAUUCCUUUGUCGGAAAGGAGAAGAGCGUGAAAUUAGAACACAAUGGACCAUAAUUGGUUUAGGAUGUAUGGUUUUAGGGCAUGAUCUGACUGCUGUGGAUUUUGGAAUGUGUGGGUUUAGUGAAAAGAUAAGAGUGGUGUAGUUUAAUGGCUGGUGUGGCAUAAGGGCUUGAUUUGAUUGGUGCGUAUUUUGGCAGUUGUGGAGUCAGAUGAGGACAAGCCAGAAACUGGAUCUGAUAAUCCCCAAGAAGACCAAACCAAGAUGACUCCUUUUGAGAUCAACUGGAAAGAUGGGAGGUUUGUGUCCAUGAGUGUGUCUGUCAGUUGGUGUAUGUACUGUACACAAGUGCCUCUGUCCCUUGCACUCUACUCAAAGGAACAUGGUGUGUGUGCCUGUUUCCUGUGUGUGUGUGUGUGUGUGUGUGUGUGUGUGUGUGUGCACAUGUUUGUGUGUGUGUCUGUCUCUCUGUCUGUCUGUCUGUCUGUCUGUCUGUCUGUCUGUCUGUCUGUCUGUCUGUCUGUCUGUCUGUCUGUCUGUCUGUCUGUCUGUCUGUGACCCUUGCCCUCUGCUCUCCAGGUACAGAGAUUACUUCAGUCCGCUAGUGGAGGGGUGUGGCUGCUACUGCUGCAGGGACCACGAGGUCAUGCCUACACCACCUGCUGGUGACCAAUGAGCUGCUGGCUGGAGACCUGCUCAUGCUCCACAACACGGCUCACUUCUGCGUCUUCUUCUCCGCCCUGAGGGGGGUGCUGGCCAGCGAUAGGCUGGACCUCCUCAAGAAGAGAGUACUACAAGGACUAGACAAGGCAGUGAGCAGGGAGGGGGCUGGGGAGAAGGAUAGGUAG